AUGGCGAAGAAGCCAUACAUUCCGCCCUUAAUCGGGUGGUUAUACGAUCUUGUGCUAUGGACAUUCUCUGUGCUCGUUGACCUCUUUUUCCGGGAGGUCCAUCCGCGUGGCUCAUGGAAGAUUCCUCGAAGGGGACCCAUGAUUAUUGUGGCUGCCCCUCAUGCAAAUCAGUUCGUCGACUCCCUAAUCCUUAUGCGCGUACUGCGCAGUGAGGCGCAUCGCCGCAUCUCGUUCCUUAUCGCAGAAAAAUCGUUUCGCCGCAAGUUUAUCGGUCUUCUGGCGAGGGGCAUAGGAACCGUACCUGUAGCUAGAGCAAUGGACAUGCUGAAGCCCGGCCAAGGUACCGUGUAUCUCCCAGAUCCUGUCAAUCAGCCUACUCUAUUGCGCGGCGUGGGAACGAAUUUUGAAGGGCCCGGCUUUGAGAAAGACGGCACAAUCGCGCUACCGACUGUCAAUGGGACAUCGCACAGUGAAAGCAUCGCCGAAAUUCGCGGACCGGAGGAACUGAUACUCAAGAAACCAUUUACCCACAAGGAUGCGCUGUUCCAGUUGACAGGCCGGAAAGAUAUUACAGACGAUGGGAAGUUCACCGGGGACGUUUCAGACAUCGACCGCGCCGACUUCAAGGGCUCCAAGUUCAAGGCGGCACCUCACGUGGACCAGAGUGCAGUGUAUGAAGCCGUAUUUGGACGCCUGCUUGCCGGUGGUUGUAUCGGUAUCUUCCCAGAGGGAGGCAGCCACGAUCGCCCUGACCUAUUGCCUCUGAAACCUGGUGUUGCUCUCAUGGCCCUCGGUACAUUGGCGGAAAAUCCGGACUGCGGCCUGAAAAUUGUGCCCUGUGGAAUGAAUUAUUUUCAUGCUCAUAAGUUUCGCUCGAGGGCGGUAAUUGAGUUCGGCAACCCGGUGGAGGUUCCUAGGGAAUUGGUAGAGAAGUAUAAAAACGGUGACAGAAGGGGUGCUGUUGGCCCGCUAUUGGAUAUGAUAUACCAGAGUCUCGUGGCGGUGACUGUUACUAGCCCUGAUUAUGAGACACUGAUGGUUAUUCAAGCUGCACGUCGUUUGUACAACAUCAAGGGCAAGAAGCUCCCGCUCCCUAUGGUGGUUGAACUCAACCGUCGCCUAGUCAAAGGCUACUCGCAUUUCAAGGACGACCAACGUAUCGUGGAUCUGAAGAAAUCGAUCGCCGACUAUAACAAACAAUUGCGACUUCUAGGGAUCCGUGACCACCAGGUUGAAUAUGCGAAGUUUUCAUUUGUCAAAGUUAUCGCAACGCUGAUUUAUCGCCUGGGUAAAUUAGUCCUUCUCACUAUCGGGACUUUACCUGGUCUUCUUCUCUUCACUCCAGUUUUCAUCACAACAAAGGUAAUCUCGAACAAGAAAUCGAGAGAAGCUCUUGCUGCUUCGACUGUCAAGCUUCAAGGCCGCGAUGUCAUGGCAACUUGGAAGCUCCUUGUUGCCCUUGCAUUCGCCCCCGCGCUUUACGCGUUCUAUACCAGCGCCUUUACCUAUUGGGCCUAUCGUAAUCGCAUCAACGGAUACGUUCCCGACUCCGUGCCGCUAUGGUCCUUUAUACCGAUUGGCAUGGUCUUGUUUCCAACAAUCACAUUUGCUGCACUGCGCAUUGGCGAGAUCGGCAUGGAUAUUAUCAAGUCCCUACGUCCGCUGCUGUUGUCACUCAAUCCCUCAUCGGCAAACACAUUGGUCAAACUGCGCUUGCGACGCGCUGCGCUCGCAAAGCAGGUCACAGACACUAUCAACACGCUUGGUCCUGAACUGUUCCCCGACUUUGAUGCUGCGAGGAUUGUGACAGAUCCUUUCCGCGAGCUCAAUCGGCAAUCUGCCAACCUUGAAAAUGAACAACAACCACCAAGCGUCGAGAUUAGACGGGCGAGCACUGAGAAUUUCGACGAAGGUUCAGCUUCACAGGAGCCGCUUCCUCGAAAUGAGUCCUUCCAUAACCUAGCUAACUUUGGCUUUUUCUCGACGCGGCCCUCCAGCCGCAAUCGCAGCCGCAGCAACAGCCGUAGCAGUUCGUUCGGAGGGUUGCCGGGCACAUCAGGCCAGCAGCUCAAGCCUCUGAGCCAGGUAAUCGCCAAGGACGGAUUAGACGCAGUGAGUUUUAAAAUCCGUGACGCUAUGCGCGAACGGGGAGAACAACGGCGUCGGCGCAGUGAAGAUAACAGCAGCUGGGACAUGGCCAGCUCUGGACCGGGAACGCCGCACAGCGAGGACAACCGGAAGGAUAUUUAA